CCGUCUGUCAUCCCCACUCCUUUCCCUCUCUCGGUCUCUCUCCACACGUCUCCGCUCCACCGCUUCUCCUCCUGCCGCUGUUUCCCCAAAAUCCCACGCCACCACCACGGCACCACCACCGCCCGCCGUCAACCCAACCAAAGCAGUAGUCUUCCUCCCCCGCUCCCCCAUUCCCAUCAUCCCUUCUCACCCACACAACCCAAAACGCGAGCGAAGGCGGACAGCGGCGGCCGUUUCUUGAUUUCUCCUUGCUCUGCGGCGGGCGGACGGUCAUGGCGGGGCGUGCGGCGGUGCGGGGCUGCGUGCAGACGGCGCUCAAGGCGGCCAACUCCGUCGUGGGGCUGGCCGGGAUGGCCGUCAUCCUCUACGCGCUCUGGGUGCUGCGGGCUUGGUCCAAGCAGGCCGCCGACCUCCACCUCCCCGCCCCCUGGUUUAUCUAUACUCUUCUCAGCCUGGGAAUUUUUAUGUGCUUGCUGACUUGCUCUGGUCAUAUUGCUGCCGAAACUGCAAACUUUCCCUGCCUGUCCUGUCACAUGAUCUUCGUGUUUUUGCUUGUUAUACUGGAAGGUGCAAUCACAGCUGAUGUAUUUCUGAAUAGCAACUGGGAGGAGGAUUUCCCAAAUGAUCCAUCUGGGAAGUUUGAUGAAUUCAAGAAUUUCCUGAGAUCAAAUUUUGAGAUAUGUGAAUGGGUAGGCCUCUUGGUGGUGGCUGCUCAGGCACUAUCAAUCAUUCUUGCAAUGGUACUUAGGGCCCUUGGUCCUGAACGUGAGAUUGACUACGACAGCGACGAUGAUGCAGUACCUGCAAGGUUGCCUCUCCUAAGAAACCAGGCCCAGCAUGGUGCAAAUUAUGUUGAACCCAACUUAUCUCGAAGUAGUGAUUCAUGGAGUGUGCGGAUCUUAGAUAAGGCUAACAAAUAAGACUUCUGAUCUUACAUGGCGAACCAUUCCGAAGGAGCACCAACAUGUUGUGCCCUGAUCCCUGAGGGUUACAGCCAACCUGAGGAUGUUUUCUUAAGUAGUGAGGACUCAUGACGGUGUGGUACUGAACGGCUAAUUUUUAGUUGCCUUUCGACAUGCGCAAAUAUUUGAGUAGCAUGUAACUAACCUUACAGCACCUUGAUGUAUGGGAAGAAUGUUGUACAAUGCUCCACAAAAUAGAUGAUGGGUUGAUAGCCCAAAAUAAAUAAAUUCCUGACUGUUUGUCCCUCCCUA